CAUAGGAGGGACUCAGGGCCGAACUCGGUGGCGGUACGGGGUUGGAGUAAAGUUGGAGGUGGAGGUGGUGUCCCUUCGCGGUGAACCGGGAACGUGGCUUCGGCAGAGAACUCUGAGUGGGGGCUGGUUCCUGUCAACAUGGCUCCUGACCAGGAAAAGAAAGAGUUGACUGAACCACCGCUAGAAUCUGAUGGCACGCCAAACAUUCACUUGAGGUACAGCACUAUCACUCCACCAGCAUCUCCUGAUCCAACUGAGGAGCACUCUCAAACUUAUCUAGAUGAGAAGAUCCCAAUCCCAGAUGAUAGCUCGACUCGAUUCAGCUUUCGGAAGCUCUGGGCCUUCACUGGGCCUGGCUUUCUGAUGAGUAUUGCAUACCUGGAUCCAGGAAACAUUGAAUCUGACCUUCAGUCUGGUGCUGUGGCAGGAUUUAAGUUGCUUUGGAUCCUGCUGACAGCUACCAUUAUAGGGUUGUUGCUCCAGCGACUGGCUGCACGCCUAGGAGUGGUAACUGGGAUGCAUCUUGCUGAGGUCUGCCACAGGCAGUAUCCCAAGUUCCCUCGAAUUGUAUUGUGGUUGAUGAUCGAGCUGGCAAUCAUUGGCUCAGACAUGCAGGAAGUGAUUGGAUCAGCCAUCGCUAUUAACCUACUGUCUGUUGGAAGGAUUCCCCUGUGGGGCGGAGUAUUAAUAACUAUUGUAGACACGUUUGUGUUCCUGUUUUUGGACAAAUAUGGUUUGCGCAAACUGGAAGCUUUCUUUGGCUUCCUCAUUACAGUUAUGGCAGUUACAUUUGGGUAUGAGUAUGUGACUGUCCACCCAGACCAGGGACAGCUACUGAAGGGGAUGUUUGUUCCCUUCUGUGCAGGCUGUGGAACCCGUCAGUUGGAGCAAGCCGUUGGAAUUGUUGGAGCUGUAAUCAUGCCCCACAAUAUCUACCUACACUCUGCUUUAGUCAAGUCCAGGGAAGUAAACCGAGCCAAUAAGAAUGAAGUGAAGGAGGCAAAUCGCUACUUUUUCAUUGAAGCCUGCAUGGCUCUGUUUGUUUCGUUCCUCAUCAACGUCUUUGUGGUCUCUGUGUUUGCGCAGGCUUUUUAUGAUAAGACCAAUGCACAAGUGCACAAUGAUUGUUUCAACCAGAGUGGUCCAUAUUCCAAUCUCUUUCCUCUGAACAAUCGGACUUUCGACGUUAACAUCUACAAGGGGGGCGUUGUGUUGGGCUGUUACUUCGGUGCUGCUGCUCUCUACAUCUGGGCCAUUGGCAUCCUGGCUGCAGGUCAGAGUUCAACCAUGACUGGAACAUACUCCGGUCAGUUUGUCAUGGAGGGCUUCCUGAACUUGAAGUGGUCCCGCUUUGCUCGUGUUCUCUUCACUCGAUCCAUUGCUAUCACGCCAACUCUGCUGGUGGCAUUGUUUCAAGAUGUGGAACGUCUGACAGGAAUGAAUGACUUCCUGAAUGUUCUUCAAAGCAUGCAGUUGCCAUUUGCACUGAUCCCAAUAUUGACAUUUACAAGUAUGGGCUCUGUCAUGCACGACUUCGCCAAUGGUCUGGCGUGGAAGAUUGCUGGUGGAAUCACUGUUUUUAUCAUCUGUGCCAUUAAUAUGUAUUUUGUAAUAGUUUAUGUUUCAAGUUUGGGGCAUGUGGCACUUUAUCUGGUUGCAGCCUUCGUUUCGGUUGCAUACUUGAGUUUUGUCGCUUACCUGGCCUGGUACUGUGCAGUUUCACUGGGGGUCUCCUUUCUGAACUGCGGACGCACGACUGGUUUCAGAACGCCUAUGGAACUCUCUCUGCUGAGUGAUGUGGACAACCACACGUGAAUCCCAUGGUGAUCUCAAGCGGAUGGUGUCAGAAGGUUAAGAUGAAUCCCAUUCUAUGCUGCUGUCAUUAUUAUGAACGUCUCAAGACUGUAUUCAUUGUUCAAGCACAGGGGAACAUGAAGACAGAGAAUCUGUUUUUAAAUACCAGAAACAAUCAACAGUUCUUGUCAACAGUUUUAUUGCUGACAGAGAACCUGGGUGGCACUUGUAUUGAGACUGCCAUGAGGCAAUCAUGUAAUUGAUUGAUUCACACAAUCAUGAGCUGUGCAUAAUGGGAAAUAGUGCAGCAUUUUCUGUAGGUAUGGGGAAGGACACUUGUAGUUUUGAGUUUCCUGGAUUGACUUGGAAGUAUCAAAGCUGUUCAUGAUUUGUGAAAUGUACACAACGCCAUUCUGAAACCUUAUAGAUAUAUUUGGACAGUAUUUGGAUCUGCAUUUGGACAAUAGAACAUAGACAGGUUCCCAACAUAUAUACAGUGCUACAUUUGUUUUUAUCUGUCGAUAAAUGGGAAUUUGUAUAUAGACCUCUGGACUGUGUCAUUGAAACAGAUAGCAAGCCAAACAUAUGCACAAACUUUCCAAAGAUGUCUGAACUAGUACAUGGAGGGGCAUUGUGGGUUGGGAUGCAAGUUGAGUAUAUGGGAGAAAUUACAUUUCAAUUUAUGUCUCACAAAUCAUAUCUCCCAUGCUGACAUCUAACUGCACAGUGCAAUCCGGCUAUCAUUGGUAAAUCCACAGUGAUGUAUUGGCCAUAGUCAGCACUGUUUAUAAGACAGCGACAACUCGCCCAUAGCCAGUUGGCAGACUCGCUGUUCCCAAUCUGUCUAUAGCUUCUUGUCUGCUCAGCAUAGCUCUCCUUUGUUUUUCUGACUCCCUGUCUUCUGGGAAAGUAAAACAAGAGGGAAUGAAGUGUGUACAUGUGAAUUGGCCAUACUAAAUUGCCUGUAGUGUUAGGUGAAGGGGUAAAUGGAGGGGAAUGGGUCUGGAUGGGUUGCUCUUUGAAGCGUCAGUGUGGACUUAUUGGGUUGAAGGGCCUGUUUCCACACUGUAAGUAAUCUAAUCUAAUCUAAUGUAAGUCCCGAGGCCGGCUAUCCUCCCAUCUAAUUCUUCCUGCAUGACAAAAAAAAAAUCCAUGAAAUCUAGCUUCAAAACACUGGGGUUAAACCAAGGACGUUGUUGAGCCUAUCGUUCCAAACAUGGCAUCUCUUCUCACAAAAUCCAAUUUACCCCUUGGUGAGGUGCAUCCACCAUGAAGUAUACAUCCCUCCUAUUUGUCCUUUCAAUAUGCAAGACUCUGCACUUCUCA